AUGUAUGAUCAAUACAAGAAUUUCAUGAGGGAAUAUUUAUCCUUAAACCACAUGGAAUUAGUGCAAGCAGAAGAGAUCAUAGUAGAAGAUCGCAAGUGUUUUUAUAUGCCACACCACGGAGUAAUUAGAGAACAUAGCAGCACCACAAAAUUAAGAGUUGUGUUCGACGCAUCAGCUAAAUCAUCAACAAACAUCUCGCUAAAUGAUGUUUUGCAUGCUGGACCCAAACUCCAGACUGAUCUAUUUUAUAUUCUAUCAAAUUUCAGAAUACACUCCAUAGCUCUUGCGGCUGAUAUCGAAAAAAUGUUCCGACAAAUUCUUGUCUCACAUUCAGAUUCUGAUUUUCAGAGAAUUAUAUGGCGAGAAAAUCCCGAUCAAAAGAUUGAAGACUAUAGAUUGAAGACAGUGACUUACGGAACUGCUUGCGCACCGUAUUUAGCCAUAAGAACUAUUAAAAAACUUGCUGAAGAUGAAGAGAUGAAUUUUCCUAAAGCCUCAAAAGUUAUCGACAAGGACUUUUACGUAGAUGAUCUAUUAACAGGAGCCGAUUCAAUUCAGGAAGCUGAAAAUCUCAUGAGUGAUUUAAUUAAUCUAAUGAGAAGAGGUGGAUUCACUCUUCGAAAAUGGAUAUCAAAUGAACAUAGUAUUCUUUCAAAAUUACCUCCUGAACUAAAAGGAACAGAACAGUCUAUAAAUAUUGCUGAAGAUCAGUCAGUGAAACUUCUUGGCAUUCAGUGGGAUCCAAAUCAAGACACAUUUGCGAUUCAUUUAAAUCCAGCUCAAGAAGUCACCACAAAACGGCAAUUAUUGUCAAGCAUUGCUAGAAUUUAUGAUCCCCUCGGUUUCAUUUCACCCUCUACAGUUUUAGCUAAAAUUAUGAUGCAGAAAUUAUGGUUAUGCAAGUCAAAAUGGGAUGAUCCACUCCCAGACAGAGUCACCUGA